AUGAACUGCAGCAAGACUCCUGACUUUGUACUCUUGGGGUUGUCCAGUGACCCAAAGCAACGGCAGUUCUUCUUCAGUCUCUUCCUGGCUGUCUACUUGCUGGGCUUCCUAGGCAACUUGCUACUUCUACUAGCUAUUGGUACUGACAUCCACCUUCACACUCCCAUGUACUUCUUCCUUGGCCAGCUGUCUCUUGUGGAUCUCUUCUUCACUUCUACCACAACUCCCAAAAUGCUGGAAACUCUAUGGACCAGCAACGGAUUCAUCUCUUUCUCUGGAUGUUUGGCCCAAUUAUAUUUCUUUGCUGUUUUUGCUGAUUUGGACAAUUUGCUUUUAACUGUCAUGGCUAUUGACCGCUACACUGCUAUCUGCCAUCCUCUUCGUUACCCACUCCUAAUGACUCCUUGUAGAUGUGGCCUUCUGGUGGCUGUAUCGUGGGGAGUGGCAUAUUCUGUCUCUCUAAUUCAUACAUUAUUAUUAUCCCAGCUAUCGUUCUAUACUAAUCAAGAGAUUCCCCAUUUUUUCUGUGAUCUGGGCCCACUCUUAUGGCUUUCUUGCUCUGAUACCCAGCUCAAUGAGGAUCUAGUGAUGGUUAUGACUGGGUUAUUAGGAAUCAGUCCUCUCCUCUGCAUAGUAUGUUCUUAUGCCUGUAUAUUCCAUGCUGUAGCUAGGGUACCAUCAGUGCAAGGGAAAAAGAAAGCUCUGGCCACAUGCAGCUCCCAUCUCUCCAUGGUCAUCCUCUUCUACAGCACAGUCUUUGCUGCAUACCUGAAGCCUCCUUCAACCUCUCAUUCUCCUGGAGAAAUGACUGCUGCUGUUAUGUAUACUCUGGUAACUCCCACUCUAAACCCUUUCAUUUAUAGUCUUAGAAAUAAAGAUGUGAAGGCUUCCCUAAAAAGGAUGUUGGGCAUGGAGUGUUCUCAGGAUUAA